AUGGCCGCUAAUGGAGACGAUGUUGCCUACGAUGAGGCGUUUCUCAACGAAAGUCGACAGAAUGAGGUUUAUGCAACUCAUAUUUCGUUUUUUAUCUUGAUGAUAAUAAUUGUGCCUUGUCGGUUCUUUUCGUCGAGAAUAUCCAAGAAAACAUUGUCUUGGGACGACUGGCUUGCAUAUUUCGCUGCGUUUAACACCGUGGGAGUCUUCAUCACGAGCAUGCUUUGGCUUCGGUUUGGCCUAGGGAGGCAUCUUGCUUGGGUGAUGCAAGAUGACCCAAACAACAUCCAAAACUUUUUCAAGGCUAUCAUCGCGAACGAGAUCAUGUACACAACGGCUUUGGCCUGUGCAAGACUGUCACUGUAUGUUCCUUCAAUUCGCACUUGUUGGCCUAUUUCCAGCUUCUGGGAUGGCACGAACCAGAAUUGCAUCGACCUUUCGAAAUUCUACGUCGGAGUCGCGAUUGGUGGUAUCAUCAGUGACUUUGGUCUAAUGAUCAUUCCUCUCCCGUACAUUUGGACACUCAGGGUACCUUUGUACCACAAGAUCUUGAUUGCAAUCAUGCUAGUCUUUGGCAGUUUUGCUUGCUUUAUCACCAUCAUUCGCCUCACCAAAGUCAUCACAGUAGAUCUGACAGAUCCAACCUGGGGUACUGUUGAUCUGAUGAUCUGGACCGGUCUUGAAGUCUAUAGUGCUGUCAUAUGUUGCUGCCUCCCAACACUGCGUCCGCUGAUUAGAUUUGUUUGGAACAAGCUCGGCUUGAAACAAUUGAGUUCAACUGGAAACAGCGAUCCAUCAAAGCCGACUUCCAAUGGAGCAGGUACUUGGAGAAAUAAAUCUCGUCAAACUUCAAGACAUUUAACAGACAGAGUCCUCCCAUCGAAUGCGGAUGAGGUUGAGCUGACGAAGCAUGCGUACUAUGAGCUGCAUUCUGAUAACGCUCGUGGGCAGUCUCGAGAUUCAAUUGCUAUACCUCAAUGA